AUGAACGACCUGAUGACAAAAUCCUUCAACAACUAUGUGGAUCUAAAGAAAGAGGCUAUGAAAGAUUUGGACCUUGAAGCUGGGGAUAAUAAUGUGGAGAUGUCAUCUUCCAUGACCCAUAUGCACACCGACCCUGGUCUGUUCUUGGAAGAGGCCGAGAAGCAAGCCAACGAGGAGAGCAAGUCCCUCCACAAGUCUGAGGCUUUGCAGUCCUUACGCAGCAGAAUUAAUGCGGACAUUAUGACGGUGCUGAAGAAAACCAGGAGUAUCAGAUCUCAGCUGGAGGACAUGGACUGCGCCAACGCCGCCAACAGGAGGCUCUCCGCCUACAAAGAAGGCUCCCCGAUUUACAUGACCAGAAUUGCCAUCACCAACGGACUGCGAAAGGAAGUUUCAGACCCAAAGAAAAAAGCCAAGGAGAGUCUUUAG